CCCAAACCCCCGCACCCACCACUUUCCCAACUCUUUCCUCUUUUAACAGACAAAUCACAUGUAACAAAUCAGAGGCAACUUAAUGUCUAGAUUCAGUCAUAAAUCAUAACACCAGUUCUUGAACUCUACUCCUACCAAAUUUUACUCUUAGCUAUGCCAUGGCUAAAAAUAUUAGACUAAUCUUUUUCUUGGUGUUUUUUAUUUUAAUAUCAAGAACAGUUUUUUCUGAUCAAGAAUUUGUUUACAAUGGUUUUAGUGGUGUUGCAGCUAGUUAUUUAAGUGUAAAUGGUAUUGCUGAGAUUGAAAAAACUGGUGCUCUAAGGCUAACAAAUGAAACAUCAAGAACAGUUGGUCAUGCCUUUUACAAAAGUGCAAUCAAAUUCAAGAAUUUUCCAACUGGGAAUGUUUCUUCCUUUUCUACUGCUUUUGCUUUUGGGAUUGUUCCAGAAUAUGCUAAAUUAGGUGGUCAUGGUUUUGCUUUCACAAUCUCAAGAACUAAAGAUAUGAAAGGUGCUCUUCCUAGUCAGUAUUUAGGCCUUUUAAAUUCAAGUCAUGUUGGUAAUUUUUCCAACCCUUUUUUUGCUGUUGAAUUUGAUACUGUUCAAGAUUUUGAGUUUGGUGAUAUUAGUGAUAAUCAUGUUGGUAUUGACAUCAAUAAUUUAAAAUCUAAUGCUUCAGUUAAUGCUAGCUAUUUUUCUGAAGGAAAUUCCACUAAGCAAAAGCUUUUUCUCCAGUGUGGUAAGACAAUUCAGGCUUGGAUUGACUAUGAUUCAACCAGAAAUGUACUGAAUGUUACACUCUCACUAUCUUCGGUAAAACCAAGUUAUUCAAUUUUGUCUUUUCCAGUGGACCUUUCACCAAUUCUUGAGGAGUUUAUGUAUGUUGGAUUUUCUGCUUCGACCGGUUUGCUUGCUAGUUCACAUUAUAUAUUUGGUUGGAGUUUCAAAAUGAAUGGAAAAGCUCAAUCUCUGGAUCUUGAUUUGUUGCCUAAUCUACCUGGACCUAAAAAGGAUCAAACAACCUUAAUUGUAGCGACGUCUUUAUCUGCUGUCGUCUUUCUUGCAUUUGGUGUUCUUUUGGCCUUAUACAUCAUUUGGAAAAUCAAGAACAUAGAUGUGAUUGAGCUUUGGGAACUUGAAAUAGGUCCACAUAGGUUUUCUUACAAGGAGUUAAAGAAAGCUACAAGGGGUUUUAGAGAUAAAGAGCUACUUGGUUUUGGUGGAUUUGGUCGAGUUUAUAAAGGAACGUUGCCUAGGACUAAUACUGAUGUUGCUGUUAAGCGAAUAAAUCAUGAUGCAAAACAAGGUCUCCAAGAAUUUGUGUCUGAAAUCGCCACUAUUGGUCGGCUUAGACAUAGGAAUUUGGUUCAGCUCAUUGGAUGGUGUCGACGAAAAGGUGACUUGUUACUUGUUUAUGACUUUAUGCCUAAUGGAAGCUUAGACAAGUACAUUUAUGAUGAACCAAGAGUCAAUUUAACAUGGAAUCAGCGAUUCAAGAUUAUUAAAGGUGUGGCUUCCGGGCUGCUGUAUUUACAUGAAGAAUGGGAACAAACUGUAAUCCAUAGAGAUAUCAAAGCAGGGAAUGUGUUAUUAGAUACGGAAAUGAAUGGACGACUUGGAGAUUUUGGACUUGCCAAGUUAUAUGAGCACGGGGCAAAUCCUAGCACGACAAGAGUAGUGGGCACGUUGGGUUACUUGGCUCCUGAAUUAACCAAGACCGGAAAGCCUACAACAAGUUCAGAUGUUUUUGCCUUUGGUGCAUUGCUGCUAGAAGUUGCUUGUGGGAGGAGGCCAAUUGAGGCGAAAGCAUUACCCGAGGAGUUAAUUUUGGUGGAUUGGGUUUGGGAUAAAUGGAGGGAAGGUGCCAUUCUUGAAGUAAUUGAUCCGAGAUUAAAUGGCGAGUAUGAUGAAAUGGAGGCCGUGGUGGUGCUUAAAUUAGGACUAAUAUGUUCGAAUAAUACGCCAUCUAAGAGACCUAGCAUGAGGCUACUGGUGAGAUACUUGGAAGGGGAGGUGGCGCUCCCGGAGACAUUGGCAGCGCCCAAUGAAUAUGAUGGGAAAAACGGUGGCGCUAGCGGUAUGGAGUUUGAGGACUUUGUACAUUCCUAUCCGUCCUCGUCUUAUUUAGAGAAAGUAAGCACGUGGUCAUCGGCUUAUGAUGGUGAAGGAGAUAUUGACAUUGAAGCUAAUCCGAUAACUCCGUUAACGGAUUCUGGCAGAGAGGACAGCAGGUAGCCUAUGCAAAAAUGGAGGGACUAUUAUACCUCUUCUCCCAAAUUCCCUCCUAAUUUAGUGCUUCUUUCCUUCGGUUUGAUAUUUAGACUUAAAUGUAAAUUAUGGCUUUUGAAAAGAAACUGAUAUUAAUAUCAACCAUUCUCUGUAUUUUAGAAAAUUGGUGUUAGUAGGAUGUGAAUAUAUAGCCAGGCACCUUUGAAUCUUGAUCAAAACUUUGUCCAAUUGAAAAGAAUUCGAACUUCA